AUGCUUCGUCGCACGGCCCAUGCUGCAGCCGGGCGGCCGACAAGGCGCCACGCAUCUUCUGCCACGGUCGACCGCCUCGCCCUCGACAUCUACACCGCCCAUCACGCCGAGCAGGACCGCGCCCUCGGCGGCACGGACGCUGUCUCCAAGUCGAGCGCGGCAAGGCGGGGCGAGAGCCUGCGAGGAGACGUACAGCUUCCCCGAGAACUUCAGCUCGCGACCAACGCCAUUGUCGAAGGUCUCGACGACAAGACGAUCAUCCGCAACACGGCCCUCGACCUCUACGCUCGCCUGAACCGCACGUCGGGCUUCCCGACCGCCGCCCUGUCGCAGAAGGACAAGCAGGACAACAAGGUCAGCUACGACGCCGCCUCGUCCCUCGCCUACCUCGCCGGCCUCAUGCCCCAGGUCUACGCUGCCACCCUCCACGUCCUCGACAUGACCAAGCAGCGCCUCGAGCUCCUGUCGACCGGCGCGCGAGGGCAAGACGGCGCGCAGGGCGAGCCGUGGCAGCCCGAUCGCCUCGUCGACUUUGGCAGCGGGACGGGCAGCGCCGCCUGGGCGUUCGAGGACGUGUGGGGCGUCGAGACGCCCGCAGGCGCGGCGCGCGAGUACGUCGGCCUCGACCCGUCGCGCAGCAUGGUCGAGCUGUCGAGCGGCCUCUUCGGCGCCCUCCCGCUCCGCCGUACCGACGACGGCGCCUCGAGCGGCGCCGCGAGCUCGGCGCGCCUCGACGCCAAGACGCACCAACUCGCGCUCCCCGCCUCGGCCUCGUCGCUCGCGCGCAUGCAGCUGUCGCCCAAGUCGAGCGAGCACAAGCGCUCGAUCGCGCUCGCCGCCUUCUCGCUCGGCGACUUGCCGACGCGCGACAAGCGCAAGGACAUGGUGCGGGCCCUGUGGGACUCGGGCGCCGAGGUCAUGAUCGUCAUUGAUCGCGGCACGCCGGCCGGGAGCAGGACGGUCGUCGAGGCGAGGGAGCAGCUGCUCAUGUACGGCCGCCGCGAGGUGACCCGGGCCAGGGGCGCCGUCGAGGUCGACUUUGACCAAGAUCUCGCCGACGCCGGUAUGGACAUCGUGCCCGAGGCGGCCGAGAACGUCGAGGUGGACCCAGCUUUGGGCUCGUUCGUCGUCGCGCCGUGCCCUCACGAUGGCGAUUGCCCGCUCCAUCGGGCGACCAAGGCGUUCUGCCACUUCUCGCAGCGCGUCAAGACGCCCGCCUUCCUCCGCCACACCAAGCACUCGACCCGAGGCGAGGAAGACGCCAAGUUCUCGUACGUCGUCAUCCGCCGAGGUCAACGUCCGGCGACCUCGUCUCGUUCGUCGGCCUUUGUCGACCUCCUCGCCGAUUUUGAAAAGGACGGCGCCACUUCGAGCCCGACCGCCGAGCCUACUUCGGUCGUCAUUCCGGAGCCCAAGGCCAGCGUCGAGGAGCCGGUCGACAUGGCGAGCGAGCUUUCUUGGCCUCGUCUCGUCGCUGCGCCCAAGAAGCGGUCCGGGCACAUCAUCCUCGAGGUCUGCGCUUCUUCCGGCGACAUCGAGCGACACACGAUCCCCAAGUCGCAAGGGCGCCAAGCCUACUACGACGCCCGCAAAGCGUCGUGGGGCGACUCGUUCCCGCACGCGCCCAAGAACGGGCCGCAGCCCUCACCGUCGACCGCGCCCUCGCCGUACGACUCGUUCGACGACGCCGCCCCGCGCAACAAGUUUGGCGGCGACCCGAAGCAGCGCGGCAAGAAGGCCGAGCGCGAGAUGGGCAAGCGGGCGGCCCGAGCGCUGCGCGAGGACGGCCGGCGGGCGAGGAGCGCCAAGCGUGCAGGCGCAAAGGACGCCGAUGACCCUUUUGCGGGCUUCGCGCGUGCCGGGGCUGGAGCAGACGGCGUCGUCGAUGUGCAGCUCGACCUCGGGCCGGAUGGGCAGCUGAGCGCGAGGAGGUAGACCGGGUUCUCUCGCUCUCAUAGACUCGUCUCUCUUCCCUGUUGUGCCACAUCUAUGCAACGAGCA